GGCGGGUUUGGCGUGACGUCAUCAGCACUGCGCCUGCCUUCUCCUGUGUCAGCUGGAUAAAGGUGUGUGUUUUUCAGGGGUUCAGCUGCAUAAAACGAUACCGAGCGCUGAGUUUUCUCUACGCCGUUCACUCCAAAAAUACAACAACGCCACCGAAACCGUUUUCCUGCAGUAAUGUGAAACGAAAGCCGGCCGUUAUCGACUAUAAUCACGAUACAUACGUGAAGCGUCGCGGGCUCUGAGAAGAUGGAGUUUAUUAAGGUGGAGGUGGUGGAUGUGACUGAUCUGGAGCCGCUGCGAGUCAAAGAAGAAGCCCCGGAUCAAACAGACCUGACCGAAGAGGAAGAGGAGGAUCCUCACAGCUUCACCGCCAGAGACGCUUCACAGACGCGCAAGGACUCCGGAGGGAAGAAGUGCUUCUCCUGCCCUCACUGCGGGAAGAGCUACCGGCGUAAAGGAGACCUGAAGGAGCACAUGGGCGUCCACAGCGAGCGGCCCUACGCCUGCCUGCAGUGCGGCAAGAGCUACACGCAGAAGAUCAACCUCCAGAACCACCUGCUCAUCCACAACGGAGAGAAGCCCUUCACCUGCCAGCAGUGCGACAAGAGCUUCACGCGCAAAGGAGACCUGAAGAAGCACAUCAUCGUCCACUUCGGCGAGCGGCCCUUCACCUGCCAGCAGUGCGGGAACAACUUCAGACACCAGGGCAACCUCACCAGCCACAUGAAGAUCCACACCGGAGAGAAAUCCCAGCGCAACUACAGCGACAAGAAACUGGCGCAGGUCUGCAACUACAAGAAACCGGUGCUGUACCACGCCGGAGACAUGCCCUUCAAAUGUGACCCCUGCGGCCAGAGGUUCAUCCUGUCCUCGCACCUGAAGAGACACCAGAAGUGGCACUCGCACUAGAGAGAGAGACCUCGAGCACCUCGGCCAAUCAGACUGUGUGUGUGUGUGUGUGUGUGUGUGUGUUAUCAGCCCGUAACCCGUUCUUGAGUUCAGAGGCGAAAGCAUCGUUUAGUCGUUCUCAGCUCUACUGAUUAAUCACAUCCACAAUAAAAGCAUUUGUGUGUGUGUGUGUGUGUUUAUCAUGUAGAUGUAAAGACACACACAUGCAUGUAGAUAUUUUUUAAUCAUUUGACGGCACUAAUAUAUAAUCACAU